ACAGCGGGCGUCUCUGGAGAUGCACUGUGGACUGUAAGUAGGGAGUCGAGUCUAUUUCGUGCUGCAUGGCCUGUCCUGGUCCCAAAUGAACGCAACUCUCUCCCCCGCAAACUCGCCCAAAGUGAAGCGCAAAGGCUCCGUUCGUAGACCCCGCGCUCCUUCUCACCUCCCUCCCCUGACACAAGAAACACACGAUGCCGCCCUCUUCUCCAUUCGCAACUACCUCAAAGGCCGCACUUCCUACGAUACGUUCCCCGUCAGCUUUAGAUUGAUUGUCCUAGAUUCCCAGUUGGAGGUUAGAAAGGCCCUUCAAUGUCUGCUUUCCAAUGUUUCUUUCAGGCGUCGUUUCCGCCCCGCUUUGGAAUAGCGAAAGGUCCUGCUUUGCAGGAAUGUUCACCGUGUCCGAUAUAAUACACCUCAUUCAAUUCUACUACAAAUCCUCGACAUACGAUACUGUCGCAGGCGACGUCGAGUUUUUCCGUCUCGAGUCGCUACGAGAUAUUGAAAAGGAAUUGGGAGUAGAAGAGCCCCCUUUACUACGCGAACACCCCUCGGCCUCAUUGUACGAUGCAGCGAAGCUCCUGAUACAAACCCAUGCACGGCGAGUUCCACUCCUCGACAACGACAGUGAAACAGGACAUGAAGUCAUAGUAUCAGUACUUACCCAGUAUCGCUUGCUCAAAUUCAUUGCCAUCAACUGCUCCAAGGAGAUCUCUCAAUUACAUCUUCCUCUCCGCAAGUUAAACAUUGGCACGUACGUAGUCCGAGCGCCGGGCGACCCAUUCAUAGAAGGGCAGGAUCCUUUCUACCCGAUCGCUACAGCGUCCAUGUCCACGCCUGUAUUCGAUGUCGUUCACAUGUUCUCCGAACGGGGCAUCUCUGCCGUUCCAAUCGUAGACGAAGAAGGGAUUGUAGUCAACCUGUACGAGACAGUUGAUGUCAUCACUCUCGUCCGCCUCGGUGCCUAUCAGUCGCUCGACCUCACAGUCGGUGAGGCGCUGAACCAACGAUCCCUUGAUUUUCCUGGUGUCGUCAUCUGCACGGCGUCGGAUUCUUUGGGUAUGCUUAUGCAGCUCAUCAAGAAACGAAGAGUGCAUAGGCUCGUGGUCGUGGAGGGCGAUGAGGAAGAACGAAAAGGGGGCAAGAAAGGUCGUCUGCUCGGAAUCAUCACGCUCAGUGACGUCCUACGUUACUUGAUCGGCGAGGCUUGCAUAGGCGACAACGCCGAACGUUUCAGACCCCCACCUACAGAAGAGGAACGACAGCCGCCUCAGACCAUUGAGGAGCACAGUUGAUCGACCUCUGUCCAUCCAUCCCCCUGUCUUCUUGCUGUCAGGCAGAGAGAGGACUCUUAGCAUAUGUAGCGCUAGCUCUAUCUACCUUUCAAGUUCUGGGAUGGUGCGUUGUCGCAUCUUUCCUAGGAUUUUGAUUGUGACACGAUUUGGAUACCAGUUGUCGGCAUUGUUUUUCUCAUUUUCAUGUCACAUCUUUUCUUGUAGUUGUACUUACUCGUAUCUCUGAUCUGUGCUUUUCGCUGUCGUCGUCAUUCGUUCGCCGCACAAGAAUAUAAUCAAUAAUGUGUAUAAUUAAACACAUG